CGGAGACGCAGGGCUGCGCAGUGGCACUCACACACGACAACCGCCGUCUCUCUCUCUUGCUCUCGAGGCAUUUGCUUGCUGAUUGUGUCUCGCUGGAACUCAGCUUUCCACAGACCGACGGGCCGUUGGACCGACGGUGAAGGCGAAGGCGAAGGCGAAGGCGAAGGCGAAGGCGAAGGCGAAGGCGAAGGCGACAGUGAGGGUCUGGGGCGGGGCGUAUCGGCAUGGUCGACAUUGAGCGAGGCGCGGGCCUGGGCCAGUCGCGCGACGAUGCCAUCCUGAUCGUCGACUCGCCGUCGCCGUCGCCGUCGCCGACGCCGGAGCGAGGCGGCGGUGGCGGGACCACCUUCAGCCGGGGACUGCCAAAAGACGCAAUCGUCAUUGAUAGCGACGACGAGGAGGAGGACAGCUUCGUCGUCGCUGACUUCAGGCCGAGCGGCACGAUGCGCAUAGAUGUCGAUGACCUGCCUGCCAUGGGUAUAGGGCAGGGGCGCCGUCGCCAGUCCUCGUCGCCGCCCCCGCUGACGAUGAUCAGAAGGGGAAGAGGUGGCGGCGGUGGUGGCGGCGGGGCAAUCGACAUCGACCCAUCUGGCUCACCGUCCACGUCGGGCACCGAGAGCGAGUACCGGCCAUCGCCGGACGACUCUGCCGUCGAAGUGCAGGGCAGCAACACCAACAUGAUGGGCGCCAUCUGGGACCGGGUGCGCAGCCUGCCGUCGGACCUGAUUGGCGCCGCGCGGUCGAUGUACGAGCAGCUGGAGCAGGAGCGCACGUCGAGCCAGGAAAUGGACGGGCCGGUAUGGAUGCGCGAGGGCCGUCAGCGGCAGAUUGAGAUGCAGCAGCAGAUGCUCCUCGCCCAGCUCGAGAGCGACGCUGCGACGGCCGCUCGCCACGCACGCCAGCCAUAUCCACAGCCUGGCCCCUCUUCGUUUGCGUCGGUCCUCGGUCGAGGUCGAGGCCGAGACAAUGCGGCGCCGAUUCAGAUCGUCGGCGACGACGAUGGUAAUAUAAGGCUGGCCAUGCCCGGAGCCAUGGUGCAGCAACCGCCACCCGACCCAAACGACCCAGACAUGCCGGGCGUCGGCGUCGAGGACAUGCCCUACGACAUCGAGCUCAACGAGUCGGUCAACGAGAUGCUGGGCCAGAUGGUCGAGGGCAACUACCGCGGCGCCGACGCCAUGGCGCAGCUGUACGGCGACGAGGGCGUCGAUGUGGGCCGGCUGCCGCUGUACUCGGACGAGGCGGGCCUGCGCCAGCGCGGGCUCCGGACCCGCCUCCACGACCACCAGCUCCAGGGCGUCCAGUGGAUGGUCAAGGCCGAGCACCGCCGGCUGACGGAGCGCGAGCCCGUGGCGAUGUGGAAGACGCGAAAGGACGCGAAUGGGCGACCUUACUAUGUCAAUGUCGCCGACCCCACCUGGCGGCAGCGCCAGGCGCCCGUGCUGCCCCGCGGAGGCAUCAAUGCCGACGCCAUGGGCCUGGGAAAGACGCUCCAGGUCAUCGCACUCGCCCUCGCAGACCGCAACCGCGUGCCCAAGGGCCGCAAGGUUGUCUACCGCGAUGUCCACGAUGGCCAAGACCAGGACCAACAGGGGAACAGCAGCCAGCCCGACGUGAAGAAGGUUGAGCAGCAGGGGCAGGACAACAAGUCGGCGAGGCACGUGCUCGACGUCGGUGAAGGCCAGGAGGAUGGCGACUCGGACGACGACGAGUACGAGUCGCACUCGGACGCGAGCCAGGACGGGCAGACGGACUCGGAGACGGAGCCAGAGCCGCCCUCGCACGACGACGCAGACGAGUCGGCGACGGAGCCCGAGUCUGACGGAGCCUACAUGCGCUCCCGCUCGGCGAGCACGAAGCGCGACUCCUCGGCCACGGUCGAUGGCAGCGAGGAGGGCGACGCUGAGACAAAGGUGAACAUGCAGCGCAGCAACAAGAACGCAGGCUCGGCAGCUGGGGCGAAGCGCAAGCGCAGUGCCAAGACGUCGCACAGGCCGGGGGCCAAGAAGAGCAAGUCUGCGAGCCCGCCGUACCCAAAGAGCGAGGGCAAGGUCAAGCCCAACAGCAAGUCCAGCGGCAAGGGCAAGUCGAGAGCCAUGAGUGAGGCCGAGAGCAAGCAUAACGGGACGACAGCGAAGAAGGACAAGCAAAAGUACAACGAGGCGACGCUCGUCAUCUGUCCCCUCUCGGUGCUGCAGAACUGGGCCGGCCAGGUACAGGCGCACUGCUCUCAUCGCGUCAAAUUCUACACCUACUACGACGCCAAUGCCAAGCGCAUGCGCGGCAAAAAGGGUGCCGUCGAGCACCUGGGCACGUACAACUUUGUCUUUACCACGUACGACACGCUCCGGUCCGAGUACAAGAUCAUCGAGAAGCGCCGCAAGGCAAGGGAGGAGCGCGAUAAGCAACGGCAGCAACGAGCUGAGUCGGGCGCCUCUGGUGGGGUGGACGAUGGCGACGACGAUGACGACGACGAAGAUUAUGCUGGCGGAAGCUCCUCGGAGGCAGUGGACAAAAAGGGCAAGGCCAACGGCAAAAGCAAGGGCAAAGCCAAGGCCAAGAACAAGAAGAAGGGCACAGACAAAGGCAAGGCGCGCAAGCGCAGCGCCUCCAUCGACUCCUUUCUCGCCUCUGCCGAAGAGUCGAUGGACGACGACAGCGGCGACCUCGACUCGGACGACUUUGAGGCAUCAGACGACUCAGACUACGACGAAGACGACGACUAUGGCUCCGACGACUCGUUUGUCGUCAAUGACGUCCCGCGGCGCCGCAAGACGCCCAAGAAACAAAAGACCAAGACGCCGCUGCUGACCACGCGCUGGCGCAGAGUCGUGCUGGACGAGGCGCACAUCUGCCGCAACCCCAAGACGGCCCUCUACCGCAGCAUCUGCGAGAUCACCGCGCAGCGGCGCUGGGCACUGACGGGCACGCCCAUCGUGAACAGCACCCGCGACCUCGGCAGCCUGGCCUCGUGGUGCGGCCUAGACCCCUUUGCCGAUGCCGGCUCGACUGCGUGGAAGAAGAAGAUCGAGGACCGGCUCAAGCAGGGGCGCUCCCCAGGCGGCCGCCAAGUUGCCGCCCACCUGCUCAAGGCCGUCGUGCGGAGCAUCGUCAUCCGCCGCCACAAGUCGAUGAAGGACGCCGUGGGCGCCGACAUUAUCAAGCUGCCCAAAGUCACCUUUUACAAGCAUACAAUUCCCAUGAAGAAGUCGGACCGCGACUACUACGAAAAGUGCGAGAUGGCUGCCCGCGCCCGCGUCGAGGGCUGGAUCGCCGGCGGCGAGCUCGCCAAGUUCCGCGGCGCCGUCUUUCUCUUUCUGCUCCGCCUGCGCCAGCUCUCGUGCAGCCGCCGGCUCGUGCCACCCGCCCUGCUCGAGGACAUUGAGAGCCGCGAUUGGACCGAGGCCGAUGCCAUUGUCCCUGGCUCCAACCUGAGCAGCGACGACAUCAAGCGGCUCCAGGAGAAGCUCCUCGUCGCUGUCCAGAUGAACGACGACUGCCCCGUGUGCAUGGAGCCGCUGCUGGGCCGGGACCCGAUCAUCACGCACUGCGCCCAUCCCUUUUGCAGGGCCUGCAUCGUCGCCGUCCUCAGCACCUCGGGCGCCGUGUGCCCCAUGGACCGCCGUCCGCUUCCCCCGGUCGACAAGCUCAUUGGACUGCCGCCCGAGAACGAGACAAAGGAGAACACGCCGGAUCCCGACGCAGACUAUGACGACGACGACGAUGACGAUGACGACAGCGACGGGAUCGAUGGAGCGCGCUCGGCCAAGAUUCGCGAGUGCCUCAACAUCAUUCGUAUGACGCAGAAGCGCGAUCCGACCGAGAAGGUUCUCGUCUUCAGCAACUUUGUCAAGUUUUUGAACCUUAUUGCUGAGGCGCUCAAGGCCGAGAUGGUCGAGUUCUGCCGCUUCGACGGUGGCAUGGACGUGUGGAGGAGGGACGCUGUCCGCGACCGCUUCGCGCAGCCCAUCACUCCCAGCCUGGCUGCCAAGGUCCGGACCAAUGUCAUACUACAAGAACGCCGGCGAGAGGAGAAGCGGCAGCAAAGGAUUAGGGCCAAGGAGGAAGCCAAGGCUGCUGCUAAGAAGGAGGAAGAGGGGUCCGAGAACCAGCAGGCGACGCCGACGACAUCGCAGAAGUCGGCGUUCCUCGACAGCCUCCGUCAGAUUAAAGCCACGCCUUCGGCGUCGACGACCAACAUGAAGAACGAAAAGGGAAAGAAGCGGCAAAAGGAGCGAAAGGAUGCCGAUGACGUCUUUGGACAGAACCCGUCGGUGAUGCUCAUCUCGAUGGGGUGCGGCAGCCUCGGCCUGAACCUGACGGCCGCCUCGACGGUCAUCAUGAUGGAUCCCUGGUGGCAGAGCAGCAUCGAGCAGCAGGCCAUCGACCGCGUGCACCGCAUCGGGCAAGAGCGCGACAUUCGUGUCUUCCAGAUGAUCUCCAAGGAGAGCGUCGAGGAUCGGGUGCUGCAGAAGCAGGCGGAAAAGGAAGAGAUGGCCAUGGAGGCCUUUUCGGGCCUCCGCAGCCGCGGACAGGGCGAGACGGCGAGGCAGAAGCACGAGACGAGCCUGCGAGACCUCGCGACGCUCCUCGGCGUCGACCGGUCCGUCGCCAACCUGGCUCAAAGCGGACCGGGACAGUAGAAGGAGGAAGAGACUGGCAUGGGCAGGGAAAGAUGGCUCCAUAAAUUUUAGACGGCUCACUGUUUUCUCUCAGUAUACGCUUCACUAUAUUCUCUUUUAUUUCAGGACUGUGUAUCACACUAUUUGUUUAUCAUCGACCCAGCUGUAGACGACUCUUCACAUUCAUCGCGAGACAAUACCAUCAUCAGACGAGAC